GGAAUGUUCUUUAGCUUAGUACCUGUUCAUUUAAUAUAAGUUAAAUUAACUAGAAACCAAAAUUCAAGCCAAAUUCAAAGGAAUGAAUAUAUUUAAAUAUCAAGUAUAUACUCAAACCACUGAAUAAAUGUAGUAAAAAUAACGCUUUCCAAAAUUCUGAUAAAAAUGACGCGAGAUUUUGCAAGUAACAAGAAGUGCUGAUUUUAUAUUUUCAAAAAAAAGGCUCAAUAGUUAAUUAAUUUACGUGUUAUUCAAAUCAAAACAUGAAGAAAGCAUCAAAACAAAAUCAAAUUAAAAAUUUAAGUGAAGAAAAAGGCAAUGAAAACGAUACUACAACAAAAAUAGAAGUUGAUCCAGAAAUUGUAAUCAAAAUAUUAGAAUCAUCAAAAGAUGAGAAUCUUUUGGUUGAACUACCUGUUGAGGAUCACAAUAGUUUGACUGAGUGUGAAAGUAUAAAACCAGAAGAAUUUGUCGAGGAGGCUCAGUUGAAAACAUUGGUAAUCCAGAAAAAGAAAGAAAUGGAUUCAGAGGAGUUUGUCCAGAAUGCAGAACUUAAAAGAAUUAAAGCAGAUCAAUCUGAUAUAAAACGUAGAAGAUCAUUAAGGAAUGAAACAGCAGCGUCAAUUAAGAAGAAACCUCCAAAAUAUGAGGAAAUUUUCAAUUGCUAUAAACGUAAAGAAUACAAGGAGUGCAUCAUAUAUAUUGAUUUAGUUGCUGAAUCAGCAAAAGACUGGAUUGAGUAUCAAAUUCUCAAAGCAGCAUGUCUAAUUCAUUUAGGAAUCAAACUUACAGAAGCUCACAAAAUUUUAGACGAUAUACUCAAAAUUAAUAACAAAAAUUCUUUUUCGUUUUAUGCUAAAGGCCUAGCAUACUAUCGAGAAGAGCAAUGGCUGGACAGCAUUGAAUAUUUUGAAAAAGCAAUUGCAUUAGACAAAAGUUCAAUGCAACGAGCUGAAGUAAUGCUUAAACUAGCCAAAGAAGAAUUAGAGAAAAUGAGUAAAGACGAUGUGUGUCUAUUAUCAAAUGAAAUUAAGACAGAACCAAUAGAGGAGCAAGAUGAUCCAGAUUUCUAUGAAUAUAGUCAAUCAGACAUGAAUGACCCGAUACCCAAUGUUGACAAAAAGAAUAGAUUUAAAUGUGAAAUAUGUAAUAAGUGUUUCUGUAAGAAAUUUAAUCUUGAUCGACAUAAUAAAAUCAUGCACAAUCGAGAAACACCUUUUAUCCCUCCUCUUCCGCGAAAUUAUAACAGUCGCCGAUCAGCACCUGAACCACUAAUGAUUAAAGUUGAGGAAAAAUCAUUGUCUCCUAUAAGUCCUGUUGUCUCAAAAUCAUCACAAUUCAAAAUCAAGCUGGGGAAGAAAAAAAUUAAAAGAACGCAGUCAAUGUCAGAGAUAACGGAUAGAGUCAAAAGUGAAAUGGGCCGAUGUAAAAUAUGCAAGAAAUUGUAUCGUAAAGGAAGCUUAGCAAGACACGAAAUCAUUCAUUCUGGUGUUAAACAAUUUACAUGCGAGGACUGUCCAAUGGCAUUUUAUCAAAAAUCUGAUUUACAACGACACAUCACCAUUCAUUCCAAUGUCUUUGACUAUGAAUGUGAAUUAUGCGAGAAAAAGUUCCGAAUCAAAAAGAAUCUACAGGUACACAAUAAGCGUCACCACUCAAAGUAGUUGACAAGAAAGCGGAAAUUGUGGAAUUAGAAAGAUAAAUUAAAUGUUUUUUUGUACAACAAUCAUCAAUAGUAAACUCUAAUGAUAGCAUUUUAGUCACGUGACAUUUGUUAAGUUGUAUUGUCAAUAUCAUUAUUUUGAUAAUUACUGUCAUUAAUGAAUGAAAUCUUUGAAUAAAAUAUAAAUUGAACAGAU